UACAAGUAAAAUCGGUUUGACAUUAAUUUGAAACAUUAUGCAGCGUCUGCUAAGACUCUUAAUAAAAUUAUGAGCCAAGUAAAUGUAUAAAGCAGUUAAUUUCUAUAUGCGCAGCAAGUUGUGAAUUUAAAUUCAAUACGUUUAAUAAAAUCUAAGCAGUUUAUAUAUAGCCAAACAGCUUAAGCAAUUAAUGCCACAAGUGAAGUUUAAGCCACAAAAUUUUAUCUUUACUUGCAUUUUAACUUUUUAGCCUUCUUAUUAAGUUGUUUUCACAACUAACAGGCAAAAGUUGAAUUAUAAGCCGUCAAAUGAUGUUUGUCGCCUAUGCAAACACACACACACACACACACACAUACAUACACCGAAAAGUUGAGAUGACGGCACUUAAGAUGCUUAGCACCAUGGCAAGCGAAAAUAAUGACGCUCAUAAAAACUAAACUAAACAGAAAAAUAAAGCAAGCAACAACAAGAACAAGAACAAGAACAACAAUAAUGAUGGCAGCAGCUUCAAAACGAGAGCAAUGUAAAAUACAGUUAUAGAGCCAUCUUAAAAACAGGCCGUAGCUGUAACUGAGUGUGAGUGAACAAUUAUACCCUUUGCAGCAACUCUGGGCAGCAGCAACAGGUAAACGCUACAAUUUAUGCGAGAAUAUUUCUGUUUAGCAAAAAAGGACUCUCGCUAUCGUUUGCUAUCUCUACUGCUCUGUAGCUUUGUCUGUGGGCGCGCACAAUUUUGCAAUAAAAAUCGCAAUAAGCAGCAGAACGUGGGUUGUUGGCUUCAUUAGUUCAAAUAAACUCCGAGCACUGGUGGAUACUGGAAUUUAUUUAAUUAUGCAAACGCCGAGGUGUUGACGCCAGCGCCGCAUUCAGCCAGCAGUCAGUUGAACGCGGUCCAGCGUUAGAAGCGCACACAACACACACGAGAAACACAACUGACUAUUUCGAACUAGUGCAAGAUGAGUCAGCAGUUACAGCUAAGUUCACGCAAUUGGACACUAAGAGGCGCAAUGCUGCUGCUGGCAUUGCAGCUACUCCAAACGCCCAACGAUGCACUGCAGCAUACCGAGGAGGGACUCGAGCUGCUGUUUCGGGAGCGUUCGCAAUCGGAUUGGGAGAACGUUUGGCAUCGUGAGACGCAUUCGCGUUGCCGUGACAAAUUAUUGCGUCAGCUUUACUGGGCCUGCGAAAAGGAUAUCUACAGGCUAACGCGACGCAAUCGCAAACGCGCUGGCGGCAACGAGAGCGUGAACAAGCGUAGCUAUAAUCCCGCUGCUGCCGCUUCGACUUGGCUGCAUGUUAACUAUGCCAACAUGUUGCUGCGCAGUCGACGCUCCGAUGCGCCAUCGAUAACAAACGAAUGUUGCACCAAGGCUGGCUGCACCUGGGAGGAGUACGCCGAGUAUUGUCCCUCAAACAAGCGACGCAAUCAUUAUUAAAAUAUAACAAUAUCCAAUACUUAUAAACAAGUGUGCAAAAUUUCAUUUCCAAG